AAACAUCGAAAACGAUAUGGACAACUCUUCUUGGGCCGAAAAGUUUCUCACCAGAGCACUUCCUUCACAGCAGCCAUGAGCCACCAACCCCUUCACAAAAUUUUCGAUUUUAAUAAAUUAAUUUUCAUUUCAUAUUCAUAAUAAUCGUCUUCUCCUUCUCUUCUUCAAUGGCUGCUUUAGCUACCAGCCUUUCUUCCCUCUGUAGCCGCUUGAAAACAUCUUCCUCCGACAAAUUGCUUAUCAAACUCCCUCCUCCUCGUACAAUUGGUCUGGCGCUACCAACCGAACUGAAAUGUUGUGUCCGAAAACACGAGGUGUCAGUUGGGUGUAGUGUUUGGUCGGAAUCAGAAAGUGGGGAUGAAUCUAGUACCAGCGCCGCAGCUGCUUUGAAAGACGAGCUUUUUGUCCAAUUCUUUCGGGAAUCUUGGCCUUAUUUUCUCGCACAUCGUGGCAGCACUUUUGUUGUUCUUAUUUCUGCUGAACUUGUUGACCAUUCUUCACUUCUUGAUUCUAUUCUCAUGGAUAUAGCGUUGCUCCGUGGACUGGGGAUUAAGUUUGUUCUUGUGCCGGGGACUCAUGUGCAGAUUGACAAGCUAUUGCACGAGAGAGAAAGUGAACCAAAGUAUGUUGGACGGUACAGGAUUACUGACCCCAAAUCUCUUGAGGCUGCAAUGGAUGCAGCCGGGAGAAUACGUAUCCUGAUUGAGGCAAAGCUGUCUGCUGGGCCCUCCUUGUGCAGUAUUCGCCGACAUGGAGAGAAUAGACGCUGGCAUGAUGGUGUCAGUGUUGUAAGUGGCAAUUUUCUUGCGGCAAAGCGAAAGGGAGUCGUCGAAGGAAUUGAUUAUGGCGCAACAGGUGAAGUUAAGAAAGUUGACGUGGCACGCAUACGCGAGAGGCUGGAUCAAGAUUCAAUAGUUAUUUUAAGUAACAUCGGCUAUUCCAGCUCUGGUGAAGCAUUAAAUUGCAACACCUAUGAAGUUGCUACUGCCUGUGCAUUGGCUCUUGGAGCAGAGAAGCUUGUUUGUGUUAUAGAUGGUCCUAUUUUGGAUGAGGGUGGACGUCUUAUUCGUUUUUUAACACUUCAAGAUGCAGACACAUUGAUCAGGAAACGUGCCAAACAAAGUGAAAUAGCUGCGAAUUAUGUAAAAGCUGUUGGUCAGGAAGACAUAAAUUCUCUAAGCAUGAACAGCAAUGGCAAUGGGUUUAGUGGUCACUAUAAUGCUACUUUUCAGAAUGGUGUUGGUUUCGAUCAUGGAAAUGGACUAUGGCCUGGUGAACAGGGAUUUGCUAUUGGUGGUCAAGAGAGACUGAGUCGAUUAAAUGGUUACUUGUCAGAAUUGGCUGCUGCAGCUUUUGUGUGCAGAGGUGGUGUUCAAAGAGUUCAUUUAUUAGACGGGAAUAUUGGAGGUGUUCUACUGAAGGAGUUGUUUCAACGAGACGGAGUUGGGACUAUGGUUGCUAGUGAUCUAUAUGAAGGAACAAGGAUGGCUAAGGUAGGAGAUUUUUCAGCAAUAAGACAAAUAAUACAACCAUUAGAAGAUUCCGGCACAUUAGUCAAACGCACUGAUGAAGAGCUACUCAAGGCCUUGGAUUACUUUAUUGUUGUGGAGAGAGAGGGUCAUAUCAUUGCUUGUGCGGCUCUGUUUCCUUUCUUUAAAGAAAAGUGUGGCGAAGUUGCUGCAAUUGCUGUUUCUCCUGAUUGCCGUGGACAAGGGCAGGGUGACAAAUUACUUGAUUACAUUGAGAAGAAAGCAUCUUCUCUUGGGCUUCAGAUGCUGUUUCUGCUUACAACCCGCACAGCUGACUGGUUUGUGAGACGAGGCUUCUCUGAAUGUACAAUUGAUCAUAUACCAGAGAAUAGGAGGAAAAAAAUCAACUUGUCACGCAGAUCUAAGUAUUAUAUGAAGCAGUUGCUGCCAGACACCAGUGGCAUUCGUUUUGAUAGCAUGUUUUAUUAGAGUUAUAGAAAUAUAAAUCGAAAAGCUUCAAAAUUGAGUCAGUCAGCUUAAAGUUCAUAUGUUGCUCUGACAUGAAUGUUUACACAUUGAGCCAUGCUUGGUUUAUGCCGAAUGGGGUGAAAUGUGAAGUCAGUCCAGCACACAUGAAUUCUAUGUAUGUGGUAGCUGUAUCAGUAUGGACAUCUCUAGGGCCGGGAAAGCCUGUCAAACUUUUGUAGUUAGAAAUAUAUUUUACAUUGACAAUGUUUUAAGCCAA